GGGUGUAUGGACCCAAUGCUGAGUCUGGUCAAGGAGGAAGAGGAGGAUGGCGACGGGACAGGCGACUCGCCGGGGGCCACGGCGGCACCGAGGCCGCUGGAGGGGCUGCGCGGUGCCAAGCCGUCGCUUUUCCUGACAAAGACGUACGACAUGGUCGAUGACCGGAGCACCGACGACGUCGUGUCGUGGAGCGCCGGCAAUAACAGCCUCGUCGUCUGGGAUCUGCACCACUUCUCCACAGUGCUGCUGCCGAGGCACUUCAAGCACAGCAACUUCUCCAGCUUUGUCAAGCAGCUCAACACCUAUGGUUUCAGAAAGGUGGAUCCUGAUCGAUGGGAGUUUGCCAACGAGGGUUUUUUACGUGGACAGAGGCACCUUCUGAAGAACAUCAGACGUCGAAGACCUCCCGCUAAUACUGCUCCAAAUCAGCAAUCUCUUGGAUCAUACCUUGAGGUGGGACACUUUGGAAAUCAUACAGAUACCGACCAGCUGAAAAGGGACAAGCAACUAUUGAUGGCAGAAGUGGUGAAGCUAAGGCAGGAACAGCAGAGCAUGAAAACGCACCUGAAAGGCAUGGAGGAGAGGCUACGUGGAACCGAGCGGAAGCAGCAGCAAAUGACAGCAUUCCUGGCACGUGUCUUCCGGAACCCUGAAUUAUUGAAGCAACUGAUUUCCCUGAAUGGGGUGAGGAAGGAGCUCCAUGACGCUAUGUCAAAGAAAAGGAGGCGUAACAUCGAUCAGGGUCCUGAAGCUGAUGACAUGGGUGCUAGUGGCAGCCUGGAGCAAGAAUCACCUGUUCUGUCUGAUCCCUAUGAGUCAGUGGAACUUCUUGGAGAGGUGUCGGUGGAACUCCUUGCUGACGGCGUCCCACCUGAGCUGGAAAGUUCAGUGGCACUCCUUGCUGAUGGGAUCCCACCUGACCUGGAAGGUGCGGCAGAACUCCUUGUUGAUGUGAUUCCAUCUGAUCUCAACGACUCAGGCAUCGACACUGACGGUGUAAAGCCACAGGAUUUUGGUCUUGGUACCUGUGAAGUGCAGCAGAACAGAGCCCAGGGGGUGUUGCAUGAUGAUUUCUGGGAGGAGCUGAUGAGCAGAGCACUCAGCGAGGAGGAUGACAGCCCGGUUAACUUGGACGACAUGGAUGCGCUGUCUGAGAAGAUGGAUUUUCUCGUCCCAAACAGUCCGACCCGCGCAACCUAG